ACCCACCCCAGGAUCGGGGAGGUGCGUCUAUAAUGAGGAGUGCGGGGGCGGGGCUGCGAACUGCAGUUGCUAUUAAGAGUUUUGGCAAAUCAGCUCCCGGUUCCACUUCUCCUGGCCAAUAGGGAGUGGCCUAGGGCGUAGAGGCGGAAAGUGCGGCCACACGAACAGACGUGGCGGCCAAUCAGCCGCCGGCCUCCGUUCCGCGCUCCAACGGGCGCGGAGAGCGGGCCUGAGGGAGGCCGUGGCAGCUGUCAGGCUAAAGUCCGGCGAGCGAUCGCGGCAGGACGGCGGCAGCGGGACGGGCCCUGGAGAUGAGCCGUGGCGCCGCGGGCUGGUGCUGUCUCGUGCUCUGGCUGCCCACGUGCGUCGCGGCCCACGGCUUACGCAUCCAUGACUACUUAUACUUCCAAGUGCUGAGUCCCGGGGAUAUUCGCUACAUCUUCACAGCCACACCUGCCAAGGACUUUGGUGGUAUAUUUCACACAAGGUAUGAGCAGAUUCACCUCGUCCCUGCUGAACCUCCAGAGGCCUGUGGGGAACUCAGCAACGGCUUCUUCAUCCAGGACCAGAUCGCUCUGGUGGAAAGGGGGGGCUGCUCCUUCCUCUCUAAGACCAGGGUGGUGCAGGAGCAUGGUGGGCGGGCUGUGAUCAUCUCGGACAAUGCAGUUGACAAUGACAGUUUCUACGUGGAGAUGAUCCAGGAUAGCACUCAACGCACAGCUGACAUUCCUGCCCUCUUCCUACUCGGCCGAGAUGGCUACAUGAUCCGACGUUCUCUGGAACAGCAUGGGCUACCAUGGGCCAUCAUCUCUAUCCCAGUCAAUGUCACCAGUAUCCCUACCUUUGAGCUGCUGCAACCUCCAUGGACUUUCUGGUAGAAAAGCUGACUCCAGGUUCCAGUGACAAUUUACUCAUGGGAAGAGGAAACCCAAGAUUCUGCUAUUUAAAGUUUGGAGAUAGAUUCUGAGGACAAGUGGAGCCACUGAGAGGACAGGGAAGCCAUCCUCCUGGCUUUCUCUUCUCUAGGGCCUGCAAGGACAUCUCGUGCUUCAGGAAGAGGGUUCUGGCUAGAAUUUGGAACACAUAGCACCUGUUUCAGCUUCCAGCAGCCAGGACCUCCUCACAAUGAGCCUUGUAGCUGUUGCUCAAGUGGUUUAAAGAAGUGGUGUUUGGGGACUGAUAAGCCCCUACUUUUAGCAAUAAAGCCAAAUAAUGCUCAUCAGGUUUGUGCCUGUGUCCUGAACUAAAACCGCAUGGGUGUGGGGGGCUCAUUUACUCAGUCCCGUAUCAUCCUGCUGACUUUAGGGGAGGUUCAAAGACGACCAUGGUUUCUCAAGGCCCUUUAGGAUAAGUCCAUCAGACUGCCAAUUGUGGUCCAGCCCUCUAGGAAAAAGACUCUUAAGGCCUAGAAUCAGCAAUUGAAAUCAAACCUCUGAGACUCUUGGUCUGGCUUUAAGGACAUUUACACACCGGUGUGGGGACACUAUGACCGCUGCUGAGGAACCUGGAGCACUGCUGCCACCCACUGGUCUAACUUGUG